GCCACACAAUGUCGACUGUCCCUCCUGUCGGAGGCUUUGGAGGCAGGAUACCAAGGGUUUCCAGUACAAGAUACGACCUGGGACCUGUGGCCGAGUAUCCCGUCUCUGAUCACGCUGUCUUCGGCUCUUCUUCUUUGUUUCCCUUCGAACGCUCAUCAGGCCUUGGUGAGGCCCCAAUCUCCGUGCCAAGCCUGUCAAGCGACAAUAUACCUGACAACGGGGGUCUUGCGUCAAUGGUGGACAGCUGCAAUAUUCCUACUGCUGGUCCCAAUGCUCCUCAAGCUACGAGACGAGAUACAGACGACGGCAACGCUGAGCCGGCUUUGCCAAUCAUAUGCGUCCCCCCCCUCGACGUGAAUGGCGUGAAAUACCACAGAGAUGUCUUCUACCCUCUAGACGCAUCGAGAUCUAAAGUCCUGAUCAUUCGACGUGGCGUAUGGGAGUUCAAGCGGCCGGGUAUCCCACUCGGCUGGAAGGCCCAUGAAUGCCCAGAAGGAAAACUAUAUUUCCACCAUAAAUCUCGACGUCUGUUGACGAUGACGGACAUACAAGACGAUCAGAAUUGCCGGCAGAUUGAGCGAGCUAGUGACGACCUGCUGUCUCAGUUGGCAAGUAUGGAUGCUCCGGAUGAUGCAGAGAUGACCUUGAUGAAAACUAGCAAUGAGGAGGGGGAGGACGUCAUCGGGUAUUAUGUGGCGAGUAUGUCGCACCAACGUAUCUUUUGGUUCAAGGCAGUCGACGUGUCUCUCGUCACGAACGGCGAGCGGGCGGUUGUGUCUGAGAUGCAUCUUGAGAAGGCCAUACGAGAGCAGUUUUGGCAACACGUAGAGAUGUUCCCGAACCACCGCGGCUUGCCGGGAGUUGCGAUACGUGAGCUCAAGGAUACGUUUACAUAUGGCCUGUGCGACUACGUCACGUCGCAUACAUCCAUGUUUGCUUUUGACCCUGACACUAUCGAGAAGCUAACUCGAUGCAUGGAGGGCAUGAUAGAGGACGAAAUAAACCCCGCCAACACGGCAGCAGCAGCAAGGCUACUAAACACAAUAUAUAAGGAGCGCUUUAUACACUUCCAUGGUGAAGCUGGUGCCCGGCUGGAUCGCGAGGACAAUGCUUUCGUGGCCGGUAUCAAGGGCCCUCGGUCCCACUUUUUUUAUUUAGUCACGCCUUUCCUGUUCUUCAUACCGCCCGUGUACCUCAAGGAUCUUGAGCGUAUAUGUGUCGACAACUCGGUCCAUCGUUUACUCUUGCUCCAGCUCAUCAACAGGCUUAAAAGGGACUGGGAGAGCUCGAUUACUCCAGCCACCGUCUUGCUCUCAGCAAAUGUCGGUUUCUUAGCAAUCAAUAGCAUCGACACCACGAGUCCCAACAAAAGCGCUGCUCAGAUUUCGAGCUACAUCUCGUCGAUCUUUAGUUUGUUCAUCUACGUCGUUGUGCAAAUUCUUAGCAGGCACCGUUGGCAUCACAACAAUGGACAGGCGCACGAUGCCUUUUUUCUAUACAUCCUCAAGCGCGAGAAUCGCAUAAUGGGUAUUGAGGGUGUGGCCAUUGCAUUUAGUCUUCCGACUGCUCUCUUUCUUUGGAGUAUGGUCACAUUCCUGGUGGCGUUGAUGUUCGUCUUCUUUGAAAACAGCAGCGUCGCGACAAAGGUGGCCAUGGGCGCUGUCGUUGGCUUUAUGGGGGUCGUGGUCAUUCUACUACUCUACCUGGAAGGCGAAGGCACGAUCGCCGAGCGGUCGCCAUUUUCCCAUGUUUGGGCGCUGCUCGCCGAAACGCUGUGCUCACUAUACAAGAGGUGGUCAAACAAAGACCCCAGCUGUCCGCGCUUGUGACUCAGAAGGCGCCAAAAUGUUAGAAACGAGUCUUUGGCAAGCACGGUAGCACUAUCGAGCUUAUCUGGUCCGUAGUAGUGCUGUCUUGUGGCCCAUACGCUCAGGCGCAGUGCUCGUGUACCAGGGAGUCACUUCACCUGUACAGCUAUGCCAGGGUAAUUAUACCCAAGUACACAGUCUGAGACCG